AAAGUUGUCGUCGCGUGUUCGGAAUCACAUUACCUCUACGACGCUGCGGUUCAGUAAGCGUCGCGACGCCCACCGCGCACGUUGCAAUGUUCGUUUGUCUUGUCACGGUGUUCCCUCGGAUUGUGCAAAUUUUAUAAAUUGUUCUUUAAAUUAUAAAAAAAAAUUUAAAUUCAUUUUUGUUAUAUCACGUGCACAAAUAUAACAUGUAAUUUAAACAAAUUUAUAUUGAAAAAGUUGCAAAAGAGAUAUUGCGCUAUUUUCUUUUUUAUAUUUCCUUUAAAGUUAAAUUAUGGAGCUAGAUGGGUGCUGAUGGACAUUUUCGUGUGACCUUAUCCCUAAGAAGGGAACCAACUGCUGGUCCAGUUUAUUGCAAAAUGGAAACUUCAGCAAGAUUUCGACAGUUAAAAACCGUCAAAUUAAGCUGUGAGGCCACAUAUCGGUUGGACAUCAGCUUCAAACCGCCGCAAAUAUUAGAGUCCCUCAGCAUAGGAGGUAAACAAGUGGAAACAAUUGAGCGUGCACGGGACGGAACAGCCUGCGCUUACAGUGCUUAUCAUAGCACGAAAGGUAUACCGGCAAGUGCUCGUGGACAUCGUGAAGAAUUGCCAAUAGCUAUGCGUGUCUUGGGUUCCGGUUACCUUACUACUUGCCUGCAAAUCAAAUACUACCGUCAAGAUGAUCAAAGCCAUUGUGAAUGGGGUGCUAGAUUACACUGUAUCGAAUUGGAUUGUUCAAGCGUAGAAGGCAGAUUAGUUACAGUAGAUCGGGAAACUUAUAGAAAACUUGGUAUAGAAUCCUAGCAAUCGAUGGGUGUUAAUGUUAUGAAAGCCAUCACAUAACGAAAAAGCUAAUAUUUGUUUUUUCGUGAAAAUGGUACUUUUAUCAAUUGUAAUUGAAAAAUUGUUCUUUAACUAAUGAAAGGAUCAGAACAUAAAUAGCAAUUUCAUUUGGAAUUUGAGUCGUAUAUCAUAUGAUAAAAAAUAUAAUAUGAUAGUAUUUUAAAUACAUUCAAUUUUUAAACAUGAAAAUAUAAAAAAUAU